AAUUGCCUGUACGUUAGGCAUUGGAGCGAUCGAGAGUAGCAUGCACAUCGACCAUGCCGUCCUCCACGGUGAUCUCAUCCCGCAAGUCUGAAUCAACGACAUGCUCAUCGAGCCCCUCUCCUCUCAACAUGGCGAAACUACCCUGCCCCUACGUCGUGGAGGACUGCCUCGGCGUGAUGAAGCUGCUAAGCGACGGCACCGUGCUCCGCUCCACGCCGCCUCCAUUCCCCGCCGGUGCCGACUACGACGACGGCCGCGUCGAGUGGAAGGACGCCGUGUACGACACCCGUCACAACCUCGGCGUCCGCAUGUACCGGCCACAUAACAAUAAGCCAGACAACAAGCAGCAGCUGCCGGUCCUGGUGUACUUCCACGGCGGGGGCUUCGUGUUCGGCUCCUACUCCUGGCCCAAGAACCAUGCCGGCUGCCUCCGCCUCGCGGCCGAGCUCCCGGCCAUCGUGCUCUCCUUCGACUACCGCCUCGCCCCCGAGCACCGCCUCCCCGCCGCCAUGGACGACGCUGCCUCGGCGCUCCAUUGGGUCGCAGCCCGCAUCUCUUCUGGCUCUGCAGACCCAUGGCUGCCAGCAGAAACCACCCAAAUCUUCCUGGGCGGCCAGUCCUCCGGCGCCACACUCGCUCACCACCUGCUACUCCUCGACAAGAAGAAGAUAAAGAUAAAGAUAGCCGGCUACAUUCUUCUGAUGCCGCCUUUCUUGUCGGAGAAGGUGACGCAGUCGGAGCUGGACGCGCCGGACGCCGCCUUCCUGAGCCGCGCGGCGUCCGACAGGUACUUCCGGCUGAUGAUGCCGGCGGGGGCGGACAAGGACCACCCGCUGGUGAACCCGUUUGGGGCGGGCAGCCCGAGCCUGGAUACGGCCCACGUCGGCCGCAUGCUGGUGGUGGCCGCCGAGUGCGACAUGGUGAGGGACAAGGACGUGGAGUACGCGGAGCGGCUCAGGGCCAUGGGGAAGGACGUGGAGCUGGCCGUGUUCGCCGGGCAGGAGCACGCCUUCUUUGCCACCAGGCCCUUCUCUCCCGCGGCAGACGACCUGCUCGCACUCAUCAAGCGCUUCCUGCGAGCUUGAUCAUAUCAACCGUUAUCUGGAUCGACGUAAUCCUUGAUUAUUUGAUUGUUACAAAUUAACUUAAUUAGAUAUACGGUUUGGGAUUGGCUUGUACAUUGUGAUUCCGUUUUCUCCGUUACUACGUUUUGGGAUUGGCUUAAUUUGGAGUUUCACAUGUAAAACCUACCUGCUUUGCUUGUUUUAAUAAUAUUUUAUUCAA